GCGCCUGAUGAAACGCCUGGACGACAUGCGGAGCAACAUGGCCGGGGACGGAGUGGAGCGCUGCGUCUUGUGCGGAGAACAGCUGGGCCCCCCAGGCGCUGCCUGCGUGCUGUGCGAAGGCUGCAAGAAGAACGUUUGCACCAAAUGCGGCAUUCAGACCACCAACAACCGGCCUCACUCCGUCUGGCUGUGCAAGAUCUGCACCGAGCAGAGAGAGGUAUGGAAGCGCUCCGGGGCCUGGUUCUUCAAGGGUCUGCCCAAGCAGACCCUUCCCCAGCCCAUGCCCAUUGCCAAGAAGCCCCAGCCGGCCGCCAGCAGACCUGCCCCCUCCGUCCAGGAGCCAGCAGCACCGUAUUCCCACCAGCGGACCCCCGAUCGGGCUCCAGCUGCUGCUGUUUCGGCCCAACCAGCCACGUACGGAGCUGAGCCAGCAGCCCCCACUUCCAAUCGAGGAAAUUACCCCCCACUUCACCGAAAACCUUCUGAGGCUCGCAUGGCGCCAAGUGGCAGCGAAUACCCCAGAGAGACCCGGCCCAGCCAGGAUUAUCCAGCUGAGGAUGAAGCCGCUCGGAGCCCUGGAGGGAUGAAGCGAGCCAGCGUGGCCCCAGCUGCCGGCCCCAGAGACUCCGCGGCCCCUCCACACCAGAGUCCCUCUGCCCAGGGGGCAGGACCAGGCGCCUCCCCGGCGGCUCUCCUCCAGGCGGAGCCCCCAGCCUCUCUUCCUGCCGCACUCCCCAGGGAGGAGAGCACCCGGCCCGGGUACCCCUCAGUGGGAGCGGAGAGACCCCCGCGGCAGGGGCCCCCGUACGGCCAGCCUGUGGUUCCGUCUGCCGCCCCUGCGGCCCCCCGCCCCCCUCCUCCCGACGACGAUGACGAAGAGGAAGCCAACAGCUACGACUCGGAUGAGACAACCACCCUGGGGGCCCUGGAGUUCAGCCUCUUGUACAGCCAAGACAACAGCUCCUUGCAAUGCGCCAUCAUUAAGGCCAAGGCGCCCCCUAGAGUCAAGAACGACCAGCACAUAUGUGCGAAUCUUUACCUUUCAGCUUCGAGGGUGAUGGAGCAUAUGCACAAGUGCCCCCCCUCCCCUUUUUUUUCCUCUUCCCCACAGAUGGACCAAGGCGGAGAGGUGGAAGAACGCGGGAAGAUCCUGGUCUCCCUCAUGUACAACACCCAGAAAGGGGGCCUGGUGGUGGGGGUGGUGCGCUGCGUCCACUUAGCUGCCAUGGACGCCAAUGGAUACUCGGACCCCUUUGUCAAAAUUUGCUUAAAACCCGACAUGGGCAAGAAGGCCAAGCAAAAGACGCAGAUUAAGAAGAAGACGCUGAACCCCGAAUUCAACGAG